AUGAAGUUCGCGACCUUCUACGAUACCGACUAUGGAUGGUAUCAUCUGUUCACGAUGGACAACAGCAACUGGGAAUCGGCCGAUGUCGGCACGGAAGUGCAAUGCUGGUUCAAGGGCUUUGAAUCCGAGCACGAUAACAAGAAAGAAGACCGUUGGUGGAAGUAUCGCAGGAGUUGCAUCACGCAUUCUGGCGAACAAAUCACGAAAGGAAACACACCCGACGAGUACUACUUUCAGAUGAACGAUUGGGAUCAGGAUUUCAGCUGGACUGCUGGUCAGGGUCGAACAAUCUACGGGAUGAACUCGCGCCACUGGAACACCAAAGAAGAUCGUCUUUAUCAAGUGAAAACCGUUCAAAUGAUUCCCGAGUUCGAGUACACGGGUGGGUGUUCGACGACUGCCGAAGUGAACAACUAUGACGACCGUCUAGACUACACCUGCCCCCAGUCUUUUCAGUAUAUCGCUGGCAUGUCUUCAGCCCCGCCAACCUCAAUCACUCUCGGCAGCGUGAGCUGCCAGCCGACCACUCGCAGCAUCGGAACAGUGUGCACCUACUCUUGCGAUUCGGGCUAUGUCGUGGACGGCACAUCGCAGCGUGUUGUUCCAGUCACUUGCCUGUCCAGCACUGCUUCUGUCGGUGUGUGGUCGCGCGCGACACCAACGUGUGUUCUGUAUGCGGAACAUUGCCCGCACACUAUGGCAGCGCCAACCAAUGGAGCUGUCAACUGUGAUGGAUACUCGCUUGGUGGUAUCUGCACUGUUUCUUGCAACGCUGGCUUCCGUCUGCGUGGUUAUGCGCCACUUGCUACUGUCGAUUCGGUGUGCAAAGCGGAUACCACCUGGUCACGUCCCGAGACGUUCUACUGCGACCCGAUCGCCUGCCCCGCGCUUUCUCUUGGUAAUGGUGGACUGAACUGCGUUGGAGGAACGAUUGCUUACAACUCGCAGUGCACCCCGUACUGCAACGCUGGCUUCACACUGGAGGGCGACUACACUGGCGCAGUGCGCUGCAACGCCUCGCAGCUGUGGAACGCAACCCUCUCUGCGCACUGCCAGAUUGUGUCGUGCGACCCUCUGACUCUCGAAAACGGUGCCAUCGACUGCACCAAUGGCAACACAAACUACCUCUCGGAAUGCACACCGAGCUGCAAUGCAGGCUACACCCUUGGCGGAGCCAACACAAAUCCUGUGACGUGUCAGGCGUCGCGCGAGUGGAGUGCAACGUUGCAAGCAGAAUGUACGAUUGUAUCGUGCGAUCCUCUGACGCUUGAACACGGUGCCGUUCUUUGCACCAACGACAACACAAACUACGGAUCCGAGUGCAUCCCGAGCUGCAACCCCGGCUACUCGCUUGGAGGAGACUACGCCGAUGUUGUCGAGUGCCUGGCGACGCGAGAGUGGGACCGCCCGAUGGACGCCUCGUGCACCAUUGUUGCCUGCGAUGUUCUGACGCUUCCGCACGGCACCGUGAACUGCACGAACAACUCGACCGACUUUGGCUCGGAAUGCACUGUGUCUUGCGCCAAAGGCUAUCGACUGACCGGGAACUACACCGACGGCCUUGCUUGUACUGCAAGCCGAACCUGGAACGCCACCUUGCUCGCGCAUUGCGAGUUCAUCGAACCUCCGUCGUCCGGCUCCGCUACCGUCACAGCGAUCGGGGCUGGUGCCGGUGCAGGAUUCUUCCUGCUCCUUCUCCUUUUGCUGCUCUUGCUCGUGCUUGCACGCCGUCGUCGCGCCAAGAAGCAGAAACCUGUUUAUGAGACAAACUCGAGUGUGUUCCUGGUUCCCGGAAUUCUGCGCCAACCGAGCACGACCUCAUCUAAUUUCACUACGACCGUUGUGAACGAGGCGUUCAGCGCCGACUACGACACUCUCCAGAGGAAAGAAGACACGUACGCUACGCUUGGCGGCGGAGGUUCAGAAGAGUUGUACGACAGUCUUGGUGCACCUGCCUACGGAAAUUCCCAAGCCUUGUAUGGAAACUCUGGCAUGCCUACCGAUGACGAUUCAGCAUAUGCGUCGCCUGCCGCUCGGAUUGCGGACACAAGCGCUUUGCCCCCUCAGUACGAAAGCUCUGUGGUGCAGAAGGCGAUUGAGGCCGGGUAUGAACCUCACACUGCCGCUUCCGCAAUCUCCAGUGAGGAGGUGGCCUACAAAACUCCCGUGUUUGCAACCCCUGCCUCUGAGGCCCAGCCCGACUCGUACGUGACCUUGGACGAGGAGUCCCCGUAA